AUGAGCACCUUAAAAGAAAGAAUUUAUCCAGCUCCCGAAGCAUUACCAAUUCCUUCUGUAUUAUCUAAUAAUGAAGAGAAUAGGCACGAUCAAAGAGAAAAGCAAGUUCCGAUCCCUAUUCUUGAUAGAGAUUAUAUUUCUAAUAAGGAGGCUGAAAGUGUUGAACCUUUUCUACCUAAUGAUCUAGAUAGCUAUCAAACUCUUUUUCAUGAUCUUGAGCAAUAUGACGAAGACGCAGUUAGACCACCUACAAAAGAGGAGUUAGAUAAAUAUGAAAAGAUGUCAGAACCUGAAGCUAGCUUUGGACUUAGAACACAAUUCUUUAGAAAAGAUAAUAAAUCUAAAAAUUUGAUUAAUGAAGAAUUUAGUCGCUUAGGAGAAAUUACUGAUAAACAAAAAAGAGAUCUAGAAUUUAGAGAGCAAAAAAAUUUAGGCACAGCACUUAAAAGAAGGGCUAUAGCAGUACAUCGUGCAAAAGUUUUUAGAUCUUACCCUAAUAAUAGAAGUGAUAUACGAAAAUUUUUAGAAAGCUGA